AUGCAGCAGCCCUAUCCCUCGUACUACGCCUCUUCUGUCUGCAAUGGCGAAGUGGCCUCAGAGCCGGGUCUGCAGCAACAGACGCUGCAGCCUGGAGUCGCGUCGGCCUUCUCGCCUCAAGUGCAGGCCCAACAACCACAAGCAGGCGCCUUCGCUUCUCACACACCGUCCUAUGCCGACCAACAGGCUGCCGUGAGCUGGUCACAACAGCAGAUGUUGCAGCCGCAGCAGACCAGUGCCCCUCCUCAGCAGUAUUUUUCUCACUCGACGCCACAUGCUGGCGUUGCACCGCCGGCGGCGUAUGGUUCGUCGUUUGGAGCGGACCCAGUAUCCAGUCUUCCCAGUGACCCUUGUGCGCCGCAAGCCGGCUACGCGCCUCCCCCAGGCGUCACUCCAGUGAGCGCCGGUUUCGCUCAGCCGCCGAGUUCAACCGUCCCGAGUUACCCUGUGGAUGGAAAUAUCAUGCCAGAGGGAACGGCCCCGCCGCGUGCGCAGAGUGUCGCGGCGCCGCCAUCGCUGACUCCCGUUCAGCAGCCAGCCGCGCAAGCAGGACAGUCACUGUAUCACGCGUCGACCGCGGAUCAAACUCACCCCAGCGCGGCUCCGGCGUUUUUGCAGCAGCAGGGAGGGGGGCAAGAAGGACGUCAGCCCCGCGUAGGCGACAGGGGGCUGCAGGGGGGGGCCAGAGAGGCGUGCUUGUCUUCGUUUCCAGGAUUCAACGGGGAGGUCCAGCAGCCGCACGGUGGAGGCGCGCCGCAGCCGGCUCUUGCUCCGGCCGCGCCUGACACCCCAGCGCCGGCAACGCAAUCGAGUCACGUGCCCUCGCGGGCGGACGGCCUGAGGGCUGCCUUCGGGGAUACACAGCCCGCUCCACCGACCAGCGCGGCGGCGCAGGCGACGGCUCCUUCCGCUGUGCCGGGCGCGCUCCAAGCAGGCCUCCGCCAUACAGCGGGGGCGCCUCCCGCGCCCGUGGGCGGUCAAGGCGGCGCGGGUGGAGCGUGCUACGGGCAGUCAGCCGCAGGCCACCUUCCGGCUGAGCUCGCGAGGGAGCGAGAAGUCAUGCUGCCCCUAGAGAGCAUGGCAGUUCAUCAGGUUGCGGAGUCUUCCGAGGACCUGGGGGUGGCGAGGUGGUCGGCGCAGACCUCGCUGUUGGCGGCGCAGGGUCAGGCGCAGACGGGGGCAGCGUCAGUGGCUCAGCGCGGCAGCGCGUCUUCCGCUCAAGGCGACGUCCGCGGGUCGUCGCUUGGAGAGAACGCCUCCCAGAGGACCGCAGACGCGCUGCCUCCGAGCAGGGACGGAGACAGUUUUCCGCAGGCGUUCGGCGGGUCCUUUGGGUCAGCAUGCCCGCCGCAGCAGAGUGCCACAGCUGGAGCUGGUCCGGCGAUGUAUGCGCCUCCGCUGGCGCCUUCGCUAGAGCGACAGAAGCCGCCUGGGAUGCACACAGCGCCUCCUGAACCCGUGCCCGCUCCCGGGUCCACGAGUCGCAACCGGCGGCCCUCGCCGGAGACGGCGGGCGCGGCUGCCUCGGCCGACUCCCGUCAGAGUCGCGCAUGCGGCUCCGUUUCGUCGUCGCGAGGCCCGCACCAGGGGGGCGGCGGCGCGGUGGGCUCGACCGGCGCCGCCGAGGCUGCGGCACCGCCGGUCCCCCGCAUUUCCACGCUGACGCGGGCCGUUAACUCGCGGAUCGAUCCUUCGCAGGUUCCGCGACCCGACGGACGCAGUGAGUCCGUGACCCAGGAGGGCGGGCGUGUGUAUGAGUCAGACAAGUAUAACCUCCCGCCGAGUCCCUGCUCGAUCUACACCGUUCUGGAUCGCGGGAGUUGCUCCUGUCGCUACGUGCGAUGCACUUUGAAUCACGUGCCUGCAUUUUCGCACACCCUCUCCCUCUCUUCGCUUCUUUUCGCCACACUGGUUCAGCCCUUUGCGCAGAAAGGGCGCUUUGAAGAAGACAUCCCCAUUGUCGACUUGACUGAAACGUCGCUUCUCUUCACCUGCCACCUGAGCGGAACGAACAAGCACCGGUACGGGGCCCUCCCGCCAGGCGGAGCUGCCGAAGGCCGCAAAGGAGACGGUAAACACGCGUCCGACGGCCCCGUGCGCUGCCCGCGGUGUCGAUGCUACAUCAAUCCUUUCAUGGCCUGGGCCUCUGGAGGCAACGAGUGCGUCUGCAACUUAUGCGACCACCAUUUCCUCUUGCCAGACUACUACAUGGAGGCCCUCCACCUCUAUCGCUCGCAGAUGAACGCUGGCAGCGGGGGGCGCCCGAUGUGGCGAGAAGGAGACAGAAACGGCGAAGCUCGAGGCCGCGCACGCGCGAGUGGAACCGAGCGGCAGGAACUGUGGAAGGGAAGCGUGGACUUUGUCGCUCCGCCCGCCUUCGAAGCCAAGUUGGAGCCGCGGAAGAGUGCCGGCAGCGCCACGUUGCCUGAAGCACAUGCUGCCGCGAGCCGAGCGAAGCAGGCGAGCCGAGCAGAGGGAGCCGCCGCAUGCGGGGCUGUGCCUUCAGCUGCGCUAGCGGGCGCCCAUGGGCCCCAGAGCGUCCCGGCGGCGCUUUCGGCAGCCGCGAGGAGAGCACAGGAAGAAGAAGCAGAAGGGCGCCUGCUGUCCCGCUUCCCUUGUGUCGUCUUCGUCCUCGAUAUCUCCAGAGCCGCACUGAACUCCAACCUCGCCAACAGCAGCUUGCAUGCACUGGCUGAGCUCCUGCGGACGACGAGAGGCACUCUGCGUGUUCAGAUCGCUCUCAUUCUCUACUCCGACCGCCUCGUCUUCUUCCCGCGACGGAGGCGCGUCAGUCAGAAGCAGGCUGCGGGCCUGGACGGCGAGGCAUAUGAAGGGGCAGAGAACGCCGGUUUUGGCGAGGAAAGUGGAGGCGAAGCGACAAGAUACGGAGGAGACGGCAGUGCCAGCAGCGACGCUGCAGGAGCCACGUCAGAUCAGGCUGACGCAAAGCCAAGAAAAGUCGAGGCUGCGUUUGUGAACGACAUCGAGGACCCCUUCAUGCCUGCACCAGUCGAUCUUCUCUUCUACAGUCCUCACCAUUAUCAAGAGCUCCUGUCGCUGCUGGAGGAGCUGCCGAAGUUCUUGGCGGAGUUGAGUGGAGACUGCGGAGAGCGCUCCGCGGGGAACGCUGCUCUGCGGGCAGCUGCCAAUCUCGUCUGCGACCGAGGGGCGGGAGGAAUGGUGGAAAUGUUCUACGCCUCGCCUCCGAACCACGGCAUCGGCGCCCUCAACCCGGAUAUCACUGGCAAGACGACGACGGGCGUGGGUGGCGCGACCUUUGAGUUCCAGCAGAGAGAGUUCUACGAGGCGUUGCUGCUGGACUGCUCCGCGGGUGGCGUCUGCGUCGACGUUCAUGCGUAUCCGAGCACGCGCAAGCAGAAAAUGCUCCUGCAGACACUCGGUUCCAUCGCCACGCACACGGGCGGAAAGGUCUUCUACCAGCACGACUUCGUCUGGACGAGGGAUUACCACCGCAUUUACGAGGACAUCCACAGGCUUCUCACGUCGCCGCUGGCGUUUAUGUGUGAGGCGAAGCUGCGGACGAGUUCCGGCAUCGCCAUCGACAAAGUCCUCGCACCCUUUGGCGGCCCAAGAGUGUUCUACGACCAGACCGCGUUCCGCAUCCCGAGAAUGGACGCCGACCUCACUGUCGCGUUCCUCUGCAAACACGUGCAACAGCUGGACUCGGUGAAGCAGGUGUACAUACAGUUCGUCUGCGCGUAUACUCCGCUGCAGCCCAUGGAGACUGGCAGGUUUCUCGAAGGCUCCAACGAAUUCGUCCCUCCGCCUCGGCGGUAUCUGAGAGUUCACACGCUCUCAGUGCCUGUAACUUUCUCUCUGUCAUCCCUCUUCCGUUUCGCAGAAGUCGAGUCGAUGGUUGCGGUAAUGGUGCGGCUGGCGGCCAAGAUGGUCUUGCACAGCGAGAACGGCUGGAGAGAGAACGCCACGGAGCGCGUCGUCUCGAUCCUGCAUGCGUACCGCGCGAACUGCGCGUCGACCUCUUCGGCGGGGCAGCUCAUCCUUCCCGAUUCUCUCAAGCUCCUCCCCAUCUACAUCAUGGCGCUUUUCAAGCACGCAGCCUUCCGGUCCUCUGAAGUUCGAGAAGACGAGCGCAUAUGGCAUCUGGUGCGCUUCAUGGGGCUGCCUGUGCAAGCGUAUCCGACUCUGCUGUAUCCGCGGGUCUUCCCGCUCCACCGAUCCUACAUCGAAAAGGCGAGGGAGAAGAAAAUGCUACAGAGAGCUGGCCAGCCGACAGGGGUGGGUGAGAAUGUCUAUCUCCCAGACUCUCUCCCGGCGACCGGCGUAAAAAUCUCGUCGGACGGCGUUUUCCUCUGCGACGUCGGCACCGCCCUCUUCCUGUACAUCGGCAGCCACGUGAAGGCCGAGUACAUUGCUGGACUUUUCGGGGAAGGCGUAGUGGUGAACGAGCAGAACGCGCCUUUAUUGCAGCUUCGCACAGACGAGGGUUCCGCUGGAAGCACCGUCUCAAGAAUCGUGGAACAGAUCCGAAGGGAGAAAGCGGCUCUGCCGUAUUUGCCUCUCCGUGUCGUCUGCGCAAACUCUCUGGACGAGACGCGUCUGUUGACGCAUCUGGUGGAAGAUGCAAUUGCAGGGGAUGGCUGCUACGUCGAUUUCUUGUGCGGCCUGCACAAGAUGGUUCACAACAAGCUCGACGACGGUUAG